UCUCUCUCUCCCUCUCUCUGUCUCGCACCACCCCCUGCCCUCGCAGUCGAGAACAAUGCUCUUUGCCCCGGAGCUCGCCCCCCUGGACCCGGCCACCUCGCCCUACGGCCUGGCCACGCCGGCACACCUGGCCCUCCUUCGAAAAUUCGGUCUCGGCUUCCUCCCCACCGGGCAAAUGGUCCAUCCCCAUCCGGAUUCCAUCCCUGCCUGGCUUUUGGAAGAGUGCCCAGGCCUGCGGGACCCGGUGGCUUUGUCGAAGUCCAUGCCUAAGGUGGACUUGGAGGCCCUGGCCCCGGUGGCUGCCCCGGGCCCGGAUGCCCCGCCAUUGGCGAGCCUGACGCUGGAAUUGGGCAGCCCCUUCACUUUCGAUGUGUUCGGGGGCCGGCAUGGCGAAAACCAAGCGCGCUACGAGCAGAUCGGCGAUGUGGUGGCCCUGCACGUGGAGUGGCUCCUGAUGCUGCCGCCCUUCGGCCUGACCCUGGGCACGGUCCCCCUGCCGGGGAAGGUCCCGGUGUCGGCCUUUUUGGAUGCCUCCCCUCGGGAACUGGAGCUCCUCCGGUCGCGCAUCUACUUUUCCCCGAACUACGCCACCUGCGAGCGACUGGUGGUUCUCAUCCAGGGAAAGGGGGCAGUGCGUCCGGGCCAGUGGGCUCGGAGCCUGAUCAUGAACGACAACAUGGAGGCCGGUGCCAUUUUCCCGUAUUUGCGGGAAAUCUUCGCGCGGGGUCUGGGCGUGAUCGUUCUCAACCCCAACAACAACCAUGUCGAGUUCCCCGGCGCCAAGCGCCUGCCGAUCCCCGGCAGCGAGAAUGCCAUCGCCCACACGCUCUAUGUGUGGGAGAACUUCAUCCGUCCCGCUGCCUGCUCGUCCAUCGACUUUGUUGUGCAUAGCUUUGGCGGUGUGUGCGCCGUGGAGCUUCUCGCCAAGAUCGAGCACCGCCGUGACUUCAAGCGCAUCAACCAGGUUCUGUUCACAGACUCCUUCCACGAUGAUGAUGUCCUGCCCCGGUCCACCCGGGUGUGGCUUUCCAAGAACUCGGUCAACUUUGCCGCCUCUACUCUCCCGGCCGGGACCAAAAUCGGCCGCCCCAGCGAAGGGGCACUCCAGGUGUCCGCCGGCCAUCCCCGCCAUGAGUACUCUUCCUGCAAGGCCAUGUCCAUGGUCAUGGCCUGCCUCAUGGACAAGGCCCAGUUCCGCCAGCAGUUCGAGCGGCGCUAGUUCCUUCUCCCCGCCUGAUGGCAGGGGACUAGCCAGCGGGUCAAAGCCACUUUCUUCUCCCCGUGUUCCUCCCCAUCCGGAUGGAGGUGGGUGUAUGAAUAGUACUGCCUUUUCCA